CCUAUAGGUCUCCACUCAAUGCAUCGGUGACAACUCGCCCUGCGAUUUGCAGAUAUUUUAUAUUGCAAGAUGGCACCUCGCACGGGUGUUCUUUCCACGUGACUGAGGAGUGUUUUUCCGAUAGUAUCAGCUGGGAAUUGCAAUAGCUGCAUUUGUAGCUCGUUGCAAUCAGAGAAGUGCUGUUCAUCAUCAUGGUGUCCACAAGAAGGAAAACGUAUUCCCCGAGGACCGCCCAGGUCGUCAGCUCCCCCAGACGAGCUCGCGUGAGGCCAGAGGGGAUGUCUACGCCAUCUACCUCAAAAAAGGAAUCGAGAAAGUCUCACAUGGAAAUAUGCAAUGAUGAAAAUAUCAACGGAACGGGAAAAGAAGCUGGACUGAAACCUGCCAAAGUAAAAGAGGUUAUAAAAAUGCUCCCUGCAAUUGAAGCGGUGAUGGAAAUUUCUGAAACGGAACCUACUGAUAUAUCUGGAAAUGGAGUAAAGGAAGUUGAGGAUAAAGAAAAUUGUCGCCAACCACCACCUGGCCCUGGACCAAACCUGUCUAAGCAACAUAUUAAAAGUAAAAGUGUACCUAUUGAUGAAAAAAAUAGCAGUAAGAUCAUCAAGGGAGCAAAUAUUUCAGGAAGGUUUUGGAAGACUGUGAAGCCAAGGCCAUCAAGGAUUGUGGAAGUGCCAGGACUGAAGAAGAGCUGGGAGAAAAAGGUGAAAGAGAGACUGGAUAUGAAGAGAGUCAAGGAGUUGGAAAAGCAGUUAAAAGCUGAAAGAAAUCAGAGGCUUGAAAAGAAGAGGAAACAAGUUCAGGAGCGGCGUAAGAGGAAGGAAGAGAAUAUUCGAAUGGCUGAAGUUGUUCAAGUGAUCAAGAACACAACCAAGUUGAAGAAGAUGAGGAAGAAAGAUCUGGUGAAUGUCCAGAAAAGAGAUACUCUGCAUCUAUUACAAGGGAAAAGUUAAUUUGUGACAUUUUUGUGCAAAACUUGUGAUUCAGAGAUCCUCAGGGUUCUUGAAAGGAAAAUGAAGUUUCAUCUUUGAACCAUAA